AUGGAACAACCGGAAUCAAAUCCAAGGUCUUGUAAAAAUAACUGCGGUUAUUAUGGAAGCCAAGCAUAUGAAGGCAUGUGUUCACAAUGUUAUAAGGAUCAUCUGAAAGAAAAAUAUGAUACUGGAAGUAGUCCAUGUAACAACUAUUAUUCACCAUCUAUGAAUCAUCAGACAUCAUCCACAUCUUCAUUUACGUCACAACAACCACAACCGCAGGAAGAUGAACAAGCUAUGGAUGAUUCUGCCCAUAUCUUAGGAUCGAUGGAUGAAGAUAAUGAUAGUUCAAUGAUAACAGUGAUGAAAUCAGGCAGUGAAAAAUCGACUGCUGUUACAAAUGUCAGUGAAAAUGAAACAAAUGAUGAAUCUUUAAAUAGUGAUGUGAUGCAAAGAAUUGUUUCUACGCCAUCGUUACCUAUUAGUAUAACGAAAAAUAUUGACAUCCCAAAAAAUUCAACAACUUCAUUGUCCGAAUUAGAUAAUUCAGUUUCAGGUGCAGAAUCGAUAUCUCUGUCUGCUUCCAGUGUUGAUAGAAAGAAGAAACGAUGUCUUACUUGUAAUAAAAAACUUACAUUAACUGAUUAUCCUUGUCGCUGUGGUGGACAUUACUGUUCGUUACAUCGUUAUGCCAAUGAACAUCAGUGUACAUUCGAUUAUAAAGAACAUGGUCAAAAUGAGAUUAGACGAAAUAUGCCUGUUGUACAAGGUGAUAAAAUAACAAAAAUUUAA